CCUGCCUGCAUCGCCCGCUCGUCGAUCCUCUGCGGGCCGUCGUCGCCAUUGUUGCUGUCUCGAGCCGCCAGCACCCGCCCUGUUCGCUGCCCAUCUCCGUGAUCCGUUCGCUUGCCCGAUACACCCGCGUCGCCGUCCCCUCCCCCUCGUCCUCUCGCCCGCUCUUCGUCUAUCGCACCCCAGCCGGCUCCGAGAUUCAGCUCUGCUUCGCUUUCCAACCCUGAUUCUUCCGAUCGGCGGCCUGGAGCACCGAUCCCCGCGUUGAUCGCCACCCCGUCCCAGCGACGACACGUACAUCCGCGAUCCGGCUGCUCGGAGACCCAUAUCCUGGCCACCUGCCGAGCUGCUUGCCGAGCUGCUUCUUCACCCCAGUCUGACGAGACUCAUCAAGCCCCUCUCCCCGGCACGAAAGCCAAAGCCGCCGGUGCUGCCGCUACUUUUGCACACACACCCAAUUCAUCAUCCGGUCGGUGCCGGUCACUGCGAUGAGCAACCGAGGUUUUGCUGCUGCCCGUCCGGCUGCCACUGGAGCCACCCAGCGAGCAUGGCAGUCAGAGUAUCAGCGUGAGUUUACCUGGCGACGGCCCGAUGCGCUUGCCCGUCCGGCGCCUGUCUUUGGCCAGCCGAAUGCCGGUCUGGACGAGCCCGAGACUGUCCAGUUCGAGGGCCUUUCGCCCACGUUUCAGCCGCGGAAGCCCAAGUCGGUCGAGUUUGCCGUCGACGAGGGUCUGGCGCCGGGCGGCUCGUCGCUUGCUGCUUUCAAGUCCGGAGGCGGCCAUGGCCCAAGUCUUCCAAGCCGGCCCGACGAGCCCGGCCGAGAACGAGCUGCCUAUUCUCCGUUAGAAUCGGCUGGAUUUCCAGGCUCGUCUGAAGCCACCGGCCAGUCUUUGGCGGCCGCCGGGGAGCUUUCCUCUGGGCUCGCUGGCAGACCCGCCUCCCAAGCCAUCCACGACGACGACACGUCCUAUUGGCGACAUGGCGACGAAGAAGCUGGAGCUGCGGUCGCCCAGCCAACCUUCAUGGACAAGGGCCUCCGUGGCAACGAGCAGAGCCAAAGACAUCUGGGCCAGCUGAGCGACGACCUGGGGAAUAUGCGCCUGGAUGGCGGAGCCGAAUCCAACUUUCUCCGGGAAAUCGGCAGCACCGCCAGCCCCGGCCUCAAUCCCAGCCUCGGUCCCAACACCAGCAACAACAGCAGCCAUCCGUUCUCACGCUCUGACUACACUCAGACUGACGGCAAUCCAAGCAUAUACACGAAUGGGAGAAAAGGUCGCUCGGCGCAUCCGACCGACCAUCCCGAGAGACGUCGACAGCCACCGAGUUCGGCCCAGACACAGCCGAAGCACCCAAGCGAUCCAAGCAACUGGGUCACAUCCUCACAGAGACAGAACAUCCGAGCCGGCGAUCUGCGGCCGCACUCGGCGGGACCGCGGCCGCAAGAAAGCACCGAGACAACGCUGACGGCCGAGCGUCCUGGGUCGCCAACGAGGCCGCAUCCUCUGAGACCAGCCAAUGCCUGGGGCAUACCGGAGGAUGAAGGCACGACUCUGUCGGCCAGACGCACCGCUCACUCCUCAACGGAACCCCGAGAGCAUCCAGUGCCGACAAUGCCCGUGAACCCACAGCACAGUCUCGCCGUCCAUUCCCCUCGGGUUGCUAUGACCCAGCCCUACAGCAGCCAGGGUGCACAGGAGCAGUACCACCAGCGCGCCGUCGAUGCACUCAAGCGGUACUCCGAGGCCAAGCACACUGUCGAGAUCCUUCAGAAUCGAUUCCAGACCGAAUACCAGCGCGAGUUCACAAUAUGGCCCAAGACCAAGCUGAAGCCCGGCGACAUCCUGCCCGACGCGAACGAGCCGCCUGUCUCGAUGGUUACGCCGCGGGCCGGGCUCAAGUCGCCGUUCUCUGGCGGCAUAUCUCUCACCGACGGCUCCGAGGACGCAAAGCUGGCCAACGAGCGGGGGGGUGCACGCGGGUCUACCCACGGCCGCUCCAGCGGCCCGGCUGUUGCCCAGGGAGUCAAGAGUGUGUCGUUUGCCUCGCCGCUCGAGCUGACGCAUCCGUCAGAGGGAUUUGUGGCUCGGGACAGCCGGUCGCCAGACUCGGCCGGCCCCUCCCCAAGCCCCGGUGAGGGCGAGUAUUCGGCCAGGCCGCGCCAGGCCAACUACCAGGCCUACCAAGUGCCCAGGACUGUCCGAGAUGAUCUCCACAAGAACUUUCUCAGCAACGGCAAGCGGCACUAUCCGUACCGCAAGGACGAGAUCCAGAUGCAGCUCGAGGACAUCAGGAUCGAGUAUCCGGUCAGUGAAGAUGAGCCGACCAGCGCCCGACCUGAAACAACGCCCGACGGAUGGCGGGGGCGCAUCCUCACUCCCAAGUUCGAGCCGCCAACAACCUAUCACCUGGCACAGGACCUGCUGCAACGGGCUCGUGAGCGCAACUUGGAGCUCAAGGUCUCUGGAGUUCAAGCGCGCACAGGACUCAGAACAUGACCUGGGCCAAGAUGCCAUCGUUCAAUGCCGUGGUCUGAGCCCCAGCACUGCUUGUACACGACCGAGGAAGGAUGCAAGACCCGAGUAUUCGACCUGGAUCUGGGCCACCUCCAGAUCGUAAACCGCCAACGGGUUAGCAGGACGGAAGAGCAAACUGACGCAUACGACCAUCAUCCCCUCCCCCCCCCUCUCCUCCCCCCAAAUGCAUCAUCGUCAACAAAGCAGUGUCUAUUUCUUAUUUCAACUACCAUAACGGACU